UAAUGUGAAUAUUAUUAAAUUGUGAUGAAGUUGUUUGAACAGAACCCACUCCUCUGACAUGCGCAGUAGAGUUUAACUCGCUCUGAUCGUGCAGCCAAUCAGCGGAGGGGCUCGCUCAGCGGACCAAUCAGAGAGCGGUGCGCGCGGAUGGAGGAUCAGCCGAGCUUCACCGGCUCACAUCCCGUUCAGUCCCGGUACUUUACGAACUUACCGCCCGGACCGAACGGAUGGAGAGCGGCAGGAAAUCGUUCCUCUCGACCCAAAGCAGAGGCUAAGUUCGGAUACAGCUUCAUCAUCAUGGCCCGGACCGGCUCCGGUACCGGUUCCCUCCUCCCCACGCGCCGGAACGCCCGGCUGGACGCCUUCCUGAAGCGGAACACCGAGCGGGACCUCUACCAGCGGAUCCGAACCUACGAGCCGUGCGUGGUGGUGUCGGACACGUUCAACAAGGUCUACAUGCACGCGGUGCUGAGCGACGAGCGCGUGUACCUGACGGAGUUCCCGCCGCGCACGCUCACGGAGGCUGUGAGCUUCGGGCGCGUGCGCGACAUCGAGCUGGUGAACGACCUCCCAGACUUCCUGAGUGCGAAGGACAGGGAACGCUGCCAACACAUACGAAUCACCUACGCUACUGAAAAGCCCCCRAAGAAGGAGCGCGAUUGGAUGAGGAGAGAUCGUAGGCGGGGCCUCCCCCGUGCAGCCCCGCCCACUCGCCGAGCCAGCUACUGUCCAACGAUAACACACAACUUAGAGGGAUAUCCUGCAGAAAGUUGGUGGAUAAACGAGGGGAUCAAACCGAUUCUGAAGCCCACCCGCUCCGCUUCCUGCCCCAACCCCGAGACCCUGGGCCUCCCGAAGGUGCCCCGCCCUCCCUCAUCCUCCUCUAGCUCCGCCUCCACCAGCCAAUCAGAAGGCAGGCCCGAGAGCUCGCAGGUGAGCGGGAGGUUCGGCUCGGUUCUGACCCGUCUGCUGAGACGAGGCGGAGCGAACRGAGAGGAGGAGGAGAGGGAGGCGGAGCUGCAUCUGUACGUGGUUUCUCAGACGUCCAGACUCUACCUGCAGCUGCAAAACUCCUGGAACAGCUUCCUCAUCAGGUCCACUCUGCUGCUGGAUCCACUCUACAGGAGGUGUUCCGCUUCGUCAGACUCAAUCAGCUUGGAGCAAACGGCUCACCUGUUCAGUCAGCUGAGCUCGGAGCUCCUGCAGGACGGGAUCAGUGUGGAGAACCUGUACCUGCUGCUGCAGGAGCUGAGGACGGCCGCCCUCAGACACGUGACGCUGCGCAGACUCUUCUGGAGGUCCAGCGAGGUGUGUCUCUUCCUGGUCCAGACCCUGGAGGACUGUCUUCAGGGCGGAGCCUCCACCACAGAUCAGCUGCUACUGAGCUCUCUGAUCGUCCAGACGCUCACCGUCACGCUCACCGAGACGCAGGGGGAAGAAACAACCACCAGCCUGCUGCUGGCCCAGAAAGGCGCUCUGCUCUCCAGAAUGCUGCUGGCUCUGAUCUGUGAUCCUCAGACAGACAGGCCGGGACCUCGGUCCGACCCCGAGCAGCUCUCGGAGUAUCUGGACGCCGCCUGCUCUCUUCUGUUUCAGCUGCUGCUUCUAGACCACCAGGGCAGCAGGUGGUCCUCGGGGGAGGACUUUGUGUCGGCCUCUUGGAUCCUGGGAGUCCUCCAGCCUCACCCUCACCUGCGGUCCUUCAUCAGCCACCAGGCCCAGCAGGUGGUUCAGGUUCUGUCGGGUCUGCGGGGGUCCUUCCUGAGCCCGGUGCAGGUGGUCCUGCUGCUCCAGCGCUGUCGCCUCCUGCUGACGUGUCUGCAGCACAGCGAGCAGCUGGCCCAGCACCUGCACACCUGCUUCAGGGAGGAGUUCAGGUACUUUGUGACAUCAUCGAGUGUGGAGAGGCUGCUGCCUGAUUAUCCAAUCAGAGGAAUGACCAUCAAACUAACAGAACAGAUUCAGACUCUCAUACAGGACAGAGACCCCCACAGGAAGUCCUGAUCGGAUAUCAUGUGCCUUCAGUUUAUUUUAACCUCUUAAAGACUUUUAAAGAGUCCACUUAUUGUUUCCCUGUUUUUAACUUUUCAACACAUCUUUUAGCAAAACCUUCGGCCCAUCCAAUGGUGUAUUAGGGCCAUUUUGCAGAUGAAAAAAACAAAAGGAGACACAAAUCUACACCAAAAAAAUUAGAUAUUUUCAAGAAAAUAACUAGAAAUGUCCUCAAAAAACAAGUUUCACAAAUCAAAUAUAUGUUUCACAAAUCUCACGCUUGGUUUUAAAUAUUCCACACUCAGUGUAGAAUGAUCUACAUCYACGUGUUUUAGUUUUAAACUCGAGCGGAUUAAAGAUGCUCGAGGUGAAAACAGGUGGAAUCUCCCUUUAACCAUUCAUGAAAACUUCAGAGUUUUUAUCAUUUCUUUUUUUGUUCUUGAAAAUAGAAAAAUAGAAAAUGUUGAG